UGAGCAUCAUUUGUGGCUCGAGCGGAGGAGAGGAGGUGGGCGCGUUCCCGAACACGUCCAAGAGCAGCACGCGAGAAAGAACACAGCCUACGACACGCAGUCUGAUCACUCACCCAGAAGCACGAGAGAGCGGAAUGAAGGCGCCAUUCAUGGAAAUAAAAUAGACUGUGGAAUUAAAAAAAAUUUUUUUUCGUUUUUAUUUAGUUAUUUUUGUUUUCUGAACGCAGCCCAGUUGGACCUUUAAAAUGGCUGAGAAGACCAAUUUACGACCCACCUAUGAGGUCUCUCCUGUCUUGGCGGGAUUCCUUGGUGCAGGGGUUCUGGUUGUCAUGGUGACCGUAGCCAUCUUCCUCUGGACUUGCUGUCAGCGUCACUAUCGUCAAAUGACAGGCAGCUUCAAGCUGACGAGCGGGCCCUAUGACCCGCCCACCAAUCCGCCCUACAGGUUCAUUCACCUGCUGAAGGGCAUUAGCAUCUACCCCGAGACCCUAAACAACAGCAAGAAGAUCAUUCGUGUAGGCCGUCGCUCCGCCCUAGGGGCAUGGUCCUACUGCUCCAACAAGGCCAGCACUCUAUUGGUGGACACCGACCCCGAGAGUGGUGCCCAGCUUCAGAUGAACCAUCUUGUUCCCCCAGACGCUCCUCCCAGGCUGGAGAGGGCGCUGCCUGUGCGAGCGGAUUAUUGCUGCCUGGAGAGGAGCUCGAGCAGCAGCAGUGAGACGGCCAGUAAGACGCCCACCCCGUUUGGGCCCACCUUUCUCCCCCUGGGCGUGCUCAGCCUUGUGGUUGACUACAACUUCCCCAAGAAGGCGCUGGUGGUGACCGUCGUGGGUGCGAGCGGCCUGCCAGCCGUGGAUGAGCAGACAAGCAGCUCUGACCCCUAUGUGAAGAUGACCAUCCUGCCGGAGAAGAAGCACCGCGUGAAGACCCGCGUGCUGCGCAGGACGUUGGAGCCUGCAUUCGACGAGACGUUCACAUUCUAUGGUGUGCCCUUCAGCUCACUGCCGGAGCUCACACUCCACUUCCUGGUGUUGAGCUUCGACCGGUUUGCGCGGGACGACGUGAUCGGUGAGGCAAUGGUGCCGCUCGCUGGUGUGGACCCAAGCACAGGCAAGGUGAACAUUACCCAGGACAUCACCAAGAGGAACAUACAGUGUGAAAGUCGCGGGGAACUGCUGGUGUCUCUCUCCUACCAGCCUGCCACUCACAGGCUGAAUGUGGUAGUGCUCAAAGCCAAACACCUGCCCACGAUGGAUAUCACCAGCCUACCUGGCAACCCGUACGUGAAGGUGAACGUGUUCUAUGGACGCAAGCGCAUGGCCAAGAAGAAGACCCACGUGAAGAAGUGCACACUCAAUCCCACCUUUAAUGAGUCCUUCAUCUACGAUGUGCCCACCGAGCUCAUGCCCGACAUCUCAGUGGAGUUCCUGGUCAUCGACUUCGACCGCACCACCAAGAACGAGGUGAUUGGCCGAGUGGUGCUGGGAGGGCAGAGCCCCAUUCCCUCGGGCGUCACCCACUGGAGGGAAGUAUGCGACAACCCACGGCGCCAGAUUGCCAAGUGGCACAAUCUGUCUGACUACUAGCCCCUCCCCCUGAGUAUUAGUCCCUCCCCUUGAGCACUGGCCCCUCCCCCACAGGCCAAAUGUGACCAGAGUGUGUCAUACAUACCCUUAAUUUGACACCUUAGACAAAGAUUCCAGAUAACACAUCCUUUUAUCACUCAAAGCCCAAUGUAUGUGUGUGUAUGUGUCUGUGUGCUCAUGUCCGUACAUGCAUAUCAGCUUGUGCGGUCACUGACUGACUGCUAAGGAGGAGAUGUCUGAAAAGAUGGACUGGAAAAGACUGCAAAGGACUUCAGUGAAUCAGUUGCAGCAGAGACAGUCCACAUAUUUAUUUGAGUAUAUCCAAGUCAACAUGUGACUUUGUGGGGAUUUGGGGGUUUAUUAUGUCCUUGAGGAAGAAAUACUCCACCUGCAAGAACCCUGUGGGCCUCUCCCCACACACCUGCUCAUAGGUGCAUCCAUAGCCCUGCUGUCUUAGCUGUAGCCCCACCCUCUUAGCUGCACUCACAUGAAUACAUUGCAUGGGUUAGGUAGCACGAGUGACAGUGUCCAUUUAUGAAGUGACCCCUUGAUUCUUUCCACACAUCUGCACUUACCUAGACAGAUCAGUUCAUGAGUUAUUGUGUUUAACAGCUGUGAGAGUGGAAGCAAACAGCUUGGGGGGAGAUCCAGUGUGGAAGAUGACUUUACUGAACCUAUGAAAGGAGUCAUAUACAGUGACUCAGGCUAUGACGGCCUCUCUUUAGAAAAACUAGCUAAGCAUUUAUUACUAAAAAAGGAAAAUAAUUGCUUGUGUCCUUAUCUCCAAAAUAUCACACAGGAAUCUUUGUUGUCAUGUGCCACCAUGCUUGCAACAUCUUUCCCAACAUUUCCCAACACCUUUUCUUUUUACAGAAAUUGUUGACAUAUCAACAUAAAAUAUAAAACCUUGAGGUAAAACCUAUUUAUUUACCGUUUGUGUGUUGACCCACAGAACUACAGAUCCCGUCAUGGUAACCUGUCAACUAGCAUGUUAAGAGUAGUCUGCUGAAGACCGAAAUACAAGUUUUUAAGUUUUUAUAGCAACAGUUUUUCAUCCAGGGUGGAUGGCCCAUUUUCAGGGUGAAAGAUUCUCAGUUGUCCCAGUUUCAAGUCCUCCCUUACCAUCCUUUCAUCUUCUCAGCCUGCAAUGUGUCCCGUCCUCCUCCACCAGCCUAUACCUGGCUGGACAGACAGAAGCAGGAAGAAUGAGGGACAGCAGCAGAGAGCUGAACUCUACAUGUAAAUUCCUGCUGCAAAAAAAGAAAGAAAAAUAGAUUUUUUAGUUUAUCACACCAAAACAUCUGAAGCUUGAUGUCAGAUACUUGAGAGUUUAAGUGACUCCACCUCGUUUUUGUACAUUUAAAAGGUUGCGCUGGUCUGUUUCUCUCUGUUUUCUUUUUGAAGACACUGGUAAUCCUGGUAAUCCACAGAGAAGAGACAACAAGUAAAAGAACAUUUUAAAAUAAUGUAGAACAAUUGUUAGUUGUAGUAAGUUGGGUACUGGCCUCUAUAUGCUAAAUUUAGCUGUCCUUUAUAAAAUGUUUAAAAAAACAAACAAACAAAAAAAAAAACCCAAAACACUAGGCUAGUUUAUUCUGUUCUUACAUAACUACUUAAAAAACAAGACAGAGACUGGAGCCCAGCCUGGUCGGGUGGGUUCCCUGCCAGCCUGGUGCCUGAGCCAAUUAGAAACCUUUCCUCCAGAUACUGCACUCAGGCCCAGAUAUAAACAUGGGUGUCAUCACAGCUGGAGGAGAUACUGGCUUUACCUGCACCACUCCAUAUUCUCCUGGUCUAUAUCCACAUGGAAUGGGUGUGUGUGUGUGUGCGUGUGUGUUUUUUAAAGGACACUUUGUUUCUUUGCCUGCUUUUACUAUUUCUUGUAGCAAAAUGUACAAAUUGUAUAAUAAGAGGUUCCCAUUUCUGUAGCCUAUGGCAUGCUUUUUCUUACAGAACUAAAAUAA